AUGACACAGCCUGGCGAUAUAUUUGUGGAAUCGUCUCAAAUUGAAGAAACACCACAAAGUGACCAUGUGCGAAUAUUGGUUGCUACCGAUUUACAUAUAGGAUUUGCGGAGAAAAUUUUGGGUCGUAAUGAAGACUCGAUAAGAACGUUUGAAGAAGUUCUACAAAUUGCUAGCAGAGAAGAAGUUGAUUUUGUCUUACUGGGAGGUGACCUGUACCAUGAAAAUAAUCCAUCUCGUGAAAUGCAACACCGCGUAACACGAUUACUUCGUCAAUAUUGCCUGAACGAUCGUCCGGUAGCUCUACGCUUUCUAAGUGAUCCCGCUGUAAAUUUUGCUCACAGUGCUUUCAGUAAUGUAAAUUACGAGGAUAAGAACAUUAACGUUGGUUUACCGAUAUUCACAAUACACGGAAACCAUGAUGAUCUUACUGGAAAGGGUCUAACUGCACUGGACGUGUUACACGAAUCAGGCCUUCUCAACUUAUUUGGUAAAUUUGAAGAAAUUGAUCAGUUUGUUGUUUCACCGGUACUUUUGAUGAAAGGAAAAACGAAAUUAGCACUGUAUGGUAUUGGCAGUCAGCGGGAUGAUCGCUUGUGUAGAGCAUUCAGAGAAGAGGAAAUUCGAUUUCUACGCCCAAAAGAAGAUGCAGAGUCAUGGUUCAAUAUACUUGUUUUACAUCAAAAUCGACCGGUGCGAACACGUGAACGAUCAACAGGCGGACAUUUACCUGAAAAUUUUAUUCCUUCAUUUUUUGAUCUCAUUAUUUGGGGGCAUGAGCAUGAAUGUAAAAUUGAUCCACAGUAUUAUGAAAGUGGCGUCAAUGUCUUCGGUGAUGGUUUCUAUAUAAUACAGCCAGGUAGUACUGUGGCUACAGCACUUUCACCGGAGGAAGCCAAACCGAAGCAUAUUGCUCUUGUAACAAUUAGUGGACGUAAAUUCUUUUCUCAAAAAAUAGCUCUAGAAACACCUCGACAAGUGCUUUUUGCUGACUUAGCAAUUGCUGUUAAGCCACCCUUAACUGCUUCAAAAAGUAGCCGAUCAAAAAAUAUGCCUGACGAAAAAGUGAUAGUGGAAGAAGUUGAGAAAAUGUUGGCAGAAGCUGAGAAGACAAAAACAGCUAGGCAAGCUUAUCCUCCGUUAUUACGCCUUAGAGUAAUCUAUCCAGAAUCAUGGGCUGAUAUUAUGAAAUUAAAUUGUCGACAGUUUGGUGCUGCAUAUGCGAAGCGAGUAGCAAAUCCAUCAGAUAUGAUAACUGUUAGAGUAAUGAAAUCAAAAAAAGAAGACAAGAAAAGAGAAGGUGGUUUCAAGACUUUCACAAAUGUAGAAAGAGCAGCAACGGUUGAGGAAAUUGUCAGCACUCAUCUUGCUGAACAGGAUAAUGAUACACUGAUGGUACUCGAUGUUGAAACAUUGAACGAUAUUGUAAAAUUUCAAGUUGAACAGGAAGAUGGAAAACGAGUGAAAAAUAAGCCGCUUAUUGAAAAUUUACAUAUUAAAAAAAAGAAGUUGAUUGAUGCUCUUUGUAAAGUUUCAUACGACGACUUUCUUUCCUUCAAUAAAAUUCCAAGUCAUCAGUUUUUGGAGCAGUUUGAGAAAUUAAUAAAUUCGGAUAUCAAAAAGAUUCGGGAUGUUAAUAUUCAAGAACUGAGAAGUACGAAGUGA